AACCCCCACAGGCCACAACUUCACCUCUUUAAAACCCCAAGACAUAUUUAGCCGUCUCUCCCUCGCUCGGGUUUUCUCUUUCCUUAAACCCUAGCCGCCCCCGCUCUUCUCCGUCGUCUCUCUCUCUCUCUCUCUCGCUCAGUCAAAUAUAUAUGGCAUUUUGUAACAAAGUUGGGAGCCUUUUGAGGCAUAGUGUUUCUCAGAAUGGACAAGCAUCCAUCGCAUCUAUGCUUAAUUCUGUUCGCUACAUGUCAUCAAGCAAGCUUUUUAUUGGAGGUCUUUCAUACUCAACCGAUGAUCAGUCUCUUAAGGAUGCAUUUGCUGGCUUUGGUGAGGUGGUUGAGGCAAGGGUUAUCAUCGAUAGAGAGACUGGUAGGUCUAGGGGAUUUGGGUUUAUUAACUACUCCAGCGAUGAAUCUGCCACCUCAGCACUGUCUGCGAUGGAUGGCCAGGAGCUAAAUGGGCGAAACAUUCGUGUGAGUUAUGCCAAUGACAAACCGUCUGGCCCUCGAUCUUUUGGCGGCGGUGGUGGUUAUGGUGGUGGUGGUGGUGGUGGUGGUUAUCGUGGUGAUAGAGGUUUUGGUGGUGGUGAUGGGGGCUAUUAAGAGGUUGUGGUUAUGCUGCAAAUGUGCUUGUUUUUGUUGCUAGUUGGUGCUCCUUCAAUAUUAUGGUUUCUUGAAUUUUCAAUUGGAUAAGUUAUCUAAACUUUUGAGUAGGAGGGCUGGUUGAUACAAUUUGUCUUGGUUAUUGCUUAUUACAUGUAUGAGCAGGGUAAGUUAUCAUAGAGCUGUGCAUUCUGGCUUUAGUUUUAUGUUGCAUGUGAUGCUUGUGAAAAGCAUAAUAUUGCACUCUCUUUACUGCUGGUCAAAGUGGCUUUCUUUGCAACAAAGAAAUUUCUUGUGGUCU